AUCAUCCCAUUGCAUAUGCGUCACGUACUUUGUCCCCUGCUGAAAAGAAAUAUUCACAGAUUGAGAAGGAAGCUUUGAGUGUGAUCUAUGGAGUUAAAAAAUUCCAUCAGUAUCUUUGGGGAAGAUCUUUUAAUUUGAUAACUGAUCAUAGACCAUUAGUGACUCUGUUUGGUGAACAUAAGCAUUUCCCAAUGAUGGCUGCCGCUCGCAUUCAGCGGUGGGCGAUAAUUUUGUCGGCAUAUGAUUAUCAUAUAAUGUAUCGCAAGGCAGAAGAUCAUGGAAAUGCAGAUGGCUUGUCACGAAUUCCAUUACCUGAAAUUACCGAUGUAGGAACAGAAGCCAUUUCAGCAAAUAUCAACACACUUUUGACAAACCAUCUUCAAGAAGCUCCUCUAAAUGCAGCACAGAUUGCCAGAAUGACAAGAACAGAUCAAGAACUUUCUAAAGUGUUUCGUUAUGUCAUGGAAGGUUGGCCAAUUGAAGUGUCAGAUGAUUUGAAAGUAUUCUACGCGAAAAGAGAUGAACUGUCAGUAGAACAGGGAUGUCUGCUAUGGGGCACACGAGUGAUUGUACCAUUCAAAUUUCGAAAAUCAGUGUUACAGGAAAUUCACUCAGGACACCCUGGCAUUGUUAAAAUGAAAGCUCUGACUCGUAAAUACGUGUGGUGGCCUAAAAUUGAUACGGAUAUAGAAAGAGUUUGCAAGGAGUGUCAAAUCUGUCAACAAGAACAAAGAAUGCCCAGUCACGUCCCUCUUCAUCCUUGGGAAUUCCCGGGUGAGUGUUGGAAAAGGUUGCAUGUGGAUUUUGCUGGUCCGUUCUUGAACAACAUGUUUAUGAUCAUUGUUGAUGCUCAUUCUAAAUGGUUGGAAGUUUUUCGUAUGUCACAGAUUACUUCUCAAGCUACUAUUACCAGAUUGAAGAGAUUGUUUUCUGCAUAUGGAUUACCUGAACAAAUCGUGACUGAUAAUGCAACUACUUUUACUUCUGAUGAAUUCCAAAGAUUUGUGAAGCAGAAUGGUAUUAUGCAUACCAGAAGUGCACCAAAACACCCAGCAACAAAUGGUUUGGCAGAAAGAUAUGUCCAGACGUUCAAGAGGGAGACACAUCCGCACCAGGCUGGACUUCCUGAAACCAAACAUUCAUGAGACGGUUCGCAGAAAACAGUAUUUGCAGAAAAAUCAACAUGACUAUCGGGCAAGAGAGAGAUCCUUUGCUGUGGAUGAUUCUGUUUUCCUGCGAAGUACGGUGGGAGGAGAUCCGAAGUGGUUAUCUGGAGUGAUUACACAACAGACAGGACCUGUUUCGUACAAGGUACGUGAUCCAGCAUCGGAUACUGUGUAUAGACGGCAUGGUGAUCAAUUGAGACCACGCACUUCGUCCUCAGAGAUUUCAAUGCCACCGGAUGAAAAGGAGACUGCUCAAUCUGCUGAAUCUAAUGAUCAAGCUCAAAAUGCUGAACUCAAUGAUCAAGAUUCUGGAUUUGCUGGAAUUCCAGGUACAUUUGACUCUGAGGUACCUCUUGAACUAACAGAACCCCUGAUUCCAAGUCCAGGGGGUCUACGUCGCUCUAAACGAACUAUUAAAUUACUACAGCGUUUUAGAAAUUGAGAAUUUGAACACAUGUGGUGCUUUUGAACUGAUAAUGUGGUGUAUGAUUUU